UAUAUCCAAAACGAGAAACCAAUCGAUUCUGAAGAAGCUUCGAAUCCAUCGUGGUCGAGAGGGAUCAGUCAUGAGCGAGCAUGAGAGCCAUGGCAGCAAGGUCUCGAACCCGGCUUUGUCGGAGUCAAAGCCUUCUCCUUCUCCUUCUCACUCGUCCGACUACGCUCCGUACCCUACUUUGGACCCGAACGACGUCGCUCCUCCGCCGCGUGCUCCGAUCUCCGGUGUUGCUGCUACCACCUUGCCGUCGGAGUCCAACCCUUACGUUUCUCCUGCUCCUGUGCCCAAGAAUGAGUUCGAUCGUUUCACUGGGUGGUUUCGAGUCAUUCGGGUGAAAAUUUUCUGUUCGAUUGAUGAUUUCGUGGUUGGAUUUGGGGGGCAGAUAAGAUGGAUUCGGUGAAGGAUGUGUUGGGGAGGUGGGGGAAAAUGGCGGCGGAGGCGACGAAGAAGGCGGAGGAUCUCGCCGGAAACAUGUGGCAGCACUUGAAAACAGGUCCGAGUGUGGCAGAUACUGCUGUCUCAAGAAUUGCUCAGGGGACAAAAAUACUUGCAGAAGGCGGCUACGAAAAGGUCUUCAAGCAAACGUUCGAGUGUUCUGAUGAUGAGCAGCUUCUCAAGACAUAUGCCUGCUACUUGUCUACAUCUGCUGGUCCUGUAAUGGGCGUUCUCUAUCUGUCAACUCACAAGCUCGCGUUUUGCAGUGACAAUCCUCUCUCCUACGAAGUCGGUGACCAGACUCAAUGCAGCUAUUACAAGGUGAUACUUCCACUGAACCAGUCAACCAGCUCAAGGCAGUGAACCCAUCAACAAGCAGAGUAAACCCGUCUGAGAAAUACAUCCAAAUCAUUUCCAUCGACAACCACGAAUUCUGGUUUAUGGGAUUUGUGAACUACGAAAGCGCGGUGAAGAACCUUCAAGGAGCCUUUCUGCCGCAGAAUCCAUGAGGUCAUUCGGAUUGCAGCUCUCUAAUCUGGUGCAUUGUAUUGAUUGAUUGUGUUAGAAACGCCUUUGUUCUACCAUACAAGUUCAUGUGUUUGUAGUGAAUAAGGUCCUUCUGUGCAUUAGGAUAGACAUCAUAGGGAUACAUUCUUGUAUAUUCUGUAUAUUUACCCUAUUGAAAUGAGAAUUGGGCAUUGUUUUAAGGUUUCA